GAGCUCCCGACUGAGGAAGGGAAGUCCCUGUGGGAGCUGGUGCUGGAACAGUUUGAGGACCUCCUGGUGCGCAUCCUGCUGCUGGCCGCCCUUGUCUCCUUUGUCCUGGCCUGGUUCGAGGAGGGCGAGGAGACCACGACCGCCUUCGUGGAGCCCCUGGUCAUCAUGCUGAUCCUCGUGGCCAAUGCCAUUGUGGGCGUGUGGCAGGAACGCAACGCCGAGAGUGCCAUCGAGGCCCUGAAGGAGUAUGAGCCUGAGAUGGGCAAGGUGAUCCGCUCGGACCGCAAGGGCGUGCAGAGGAUCCGUGCCCGGGACAUCGUCCCAGGGGACAUUGUAGAAGUGGCGGUGGGGGACAAAGUGCCUGCUGAUCUCCGCCUCAUCGAGAUCAAGUCCACCACGCUGCGAGUGGACCAGUCCAUCCUGACGGGUGAAUCUGUGUCCGUGACCAAGCACACAGAGGCCAUCUCAGACCCCAGAGCUGUGAACCAGGACAAGAAGAACAUGCUGUUUUCUGGCACCAAUAUCGCCUCGGGCAAAGCAGUGGGUGUGGCCGUGGCCACCGGCCUGCACACGGAGCUGGGCAAGAUCCGGAGCCAGAUGGCGGCGGUGGAGCCCGAGCGGACGCCGCUGCAGCGCAAGCUGGAUGAGUUUGGGCGGCAGCUGUCCCAUGCCAUCUCUGUGAUCUGCGUGGCCGUGUGGGUCAUCAACAUCGGACACUUCGCCGACCCGGCCCAUGGUGGCUCCUGGCUGCGCGGCGCUGUCUACUACUUCAAGAUCGCCGUGGCCCUGGCUGUGGCGGCCAUCCCCGAGGGCCUCCCGGCCGUCAUCACUACGUGCCUGGCACUGGGCACGAGGCGCAUGGCACGCAAGAAUGCCAUUGUGAGAAGCCUGCCCUCCGUGGAGACCCUGGGCUGCACCUCGGUCAUCUGCUCCGACAAGACGGGCACGCUCACCACCAAUCAGAUGUCUGUCUGCCGGAUGUUCGUGGUAGCCGAGGCCGAUGCGGGCUCCUGCCUUUUGCACGAGUUCACCAUCUCGGGUACCACGUAUACCCCCGAGGGCGAAGUGCGGCAGGGGAAUCUGCCUGUGCGCUGUGGCCAGUUCGAUGGGCUGGUGGAGCUGGCGACCAUCUGCGCCCUGUGCAACGACUCGGCGCUGGAUUACAAUGAGGCCAAAGGUGUGUACGAGAAGGUGGGAGAAGCCACGGAGACAGCUCUGACGUGCCUGGUGGAGAAGAUGAACGUGUUUGACACCGACCUGCAGGCCCUGUCCUGGGUGGAGCGAGCUGGCGCCUGUAACGCGGUCAUCAAGCAGCUGAUGCGGAAAGAGUUCACCCUGGAGUUCUCCCGAGACCGGAAGUCCAUGUCCGUCUACUGCACACCCACCCGCCCUCACCCUGCCGGCCAGGGCAGCAAGAUGUUUGUGAAGGGGGCCCCUGAGAGUGUGAUCGAGCGCUGUAGCUCAGUCCGCGUGGGGAGCCACACAGCACCCCUGACCCCCGCCUCCAGGGAGCAGAUCCUGGCAAAGAUCCGGGAUUGGGGCUCAGGCUCAGACACGCUGCGCUGCCUGGCACUGGCCACCCGGGACGUGCCCCCGAGGAAGGAGGACAUGGAGCUGGACGACUGCAGCAAGUUUGUGCAGUACGAGACUGGUGACGGAGUAAACGACGCACCGGCCCUGAAGAAAGCAGAGAUUGGCAUCGCCAUGGGCUCAGGCACGGCCGUGGCCAAGUCGGCGGCAGAGAUGGUGCUGUCCGAUGACAACUUUGCUUCCAUCGUGGCUGCGGUGGAGGAGGGCCGGGCCAUCUACAACAACAUGAAGCAAUUCAUCCGCUACCUCAUCUCCUCCAAUGUUGGCGAGGUCGUCUGCAUCUUCCUCACGGCAAUUCUGGGCCUGCCCGAAGCCCUGAUCCCUGUGCAGCUUCUCUGGGUGAACCUGGUGACAGACGGCCUACCUGCCACGGCUCUGGGCUUCAACCCGCCAGACCUGGACAUCAUGGAGAAGCUGCCCCGGAACCCCCGAGAAGCCCUCAUCAGUGGCUGGCUCUUCUUCCGAUACCUGGCUAUCGGAGUGUACGUAGGCCUGGCCACAGUGGCUGCUGCCACCUGGUGGUUCCUGUAUGAUGCCGAGGGACCUCACGUCAACUUCUACCAGCUGAGGAACUUCCUGAAGUGCUCUGAAGACAACCCACUCUUUGCCGGCGUCGACUGUGAGGUGUUCGAGUCGCGCUUCCCCACCACCAUGGCCUUGUCCGUGCUCGUGACCAUUGAAAUGUGCAAUGCCCUCAACAGCGUCUCGGAGAACCAGUCACUGCUUCGGAUGCCGCCCUGGAUGAACCCCUGGCUGCUGGCGGCUGUGGCCAUGUCCAUGGCCCUGCACUUCCUCAUCCUGCUCGUGCCGCCCCUGCCUCUCAUUUUCCAGGUGACCCCACUGAGCGGGCGCCAGUGGGUGGUGGUGCUCCAGAUAUCUCUGCCUGUCAUCCUGCUGGACGAGGCCUUCAAGUACCUGUCCCGGAACCACGUGGACGGCAUUCUCAGGACAGUCUCGCAGGCCUGGAGUAGGCAGCCGAUGACCGCCUCUUGGACCCCAGACCACACCGGAAAAAAAGAGCCAGAAGUGAGCGCUGGGAACGGAGUGGAGUCUCCGGUGUGUGCCUCAGACUGAUGGUGUCCAUGCGUUCGCCUCCGCCCCCACCCCUGCCACCACACUCGCCCAGUUCCCGCCGGAGAGAUGACAGGCCCGAGGCCAGAACCGCCAUCCCCAGGCCCCGUCCUGGGGUCUCUGUCCCCACUUCCGUCUGGCCUGGGAGCUCUGUAAUUCCUGUCUCUUGGACUCUCCUGGGAAGUUCCCCGCUCUGCAGCUCUGGCCCAGGAGCUGCAGGCUGGGAGGGGGCAGCCAAGUAGCCAGAGCUGGCAGCACACCCAGAGAUCCGGGGUCCCCCCACCCCCAAAUCACGAGUCUGCCUGGAGCUUGCUCCCCCUUGCUUGGAAGCUGGACCUUCACUUGGUGACUGGUGCCUCUGCACGGACGGAGGACUCCUGGGGGUCCGUCUUACCGGCUCCGACCCCUCCCUUCGUGCCUGGUCUGGGACUGGGUCAGCCCUGGGGGAUCAGAAGGGGCCAUCUGGGCCCAGCUGUGUACAGCGAGAGCGGGCAGCCCCCUCCACUCCGCUCUGCUUCCACAAAGUCGGCUUCUGAGAGCUUGAGGCUGCUUCUGUUUAUAUGUGCAGGGCCCCGGGGGUGAAGGGUCAGAGAGACCGACACAAGGAGCCAGGAGGAGGGGCAGAGCGAGGAUGGCUUUUCCCCGGAGACAAGCUGGGAAAGUCUGGUUGACCUGCCUCAGCCCUGCUCACCUCCUGGACUCAGGGUUCCCCAUCCUGAGAGCAGGAGACGUUCAGGGUCACUGCCGCCCCGUCUGCCAUGCAGAGGUCCAACUCGCCACCCGCGUCCCUGGUACCUGAGACCCCUGACAUCCUCAGGUUCCUGACCAUGGCGCCCUUCUACCAACCCAGGGUGCGGCUGCCGCACUGUACACAGCUGGGGGACUCUUAGCCUGGUGGGCUCUCCUGGACUCUUGGCCACACUCCUCGCCCCCUCCGCACGACACCCAUGAGCCGAAAGGAUGUCACUAAGGAUGGCUGAUUCCCCAAGGGCACCUGCUCUCCCUCCCUCCCUGCUGGAGGAACGCGUCAUGUCAGAUGAGAGGAAGAUGGCCUUUGAUGGACAGAAUUUUUCUCUUAACUCAGCUUUUGCUACUUUGGCAACAACUAGCGAGGGAUAGCAGAAACCUGCGCCAGGGCUGUCCCUGUGUCUUGGCCCCUCCUAGAGAGUGUGCGGACUGAUGAUUUUAUAUGUAAAUCAAGACUCACAUCCCUUUCCUAGUCCCCCACAUCCAAAGCCCCUCAGCCUACCUUGCAGACCAAUGGGCUCCAUGUUCUGUAGCCCCCUCCCCCAUACCUCCCCCCUCCUCCCUCUCGCAGGUUCUGGGGGGCCAGUGAGAGAAACAGUGGGGGAGGCGGGGAGUCUGGUGCCUGCAGAGAUUCUCUGCUUCUUUCCUGGGGGGAGGUGGGGAGGUCUUAGCAGGAGCAGGGCCCUGUACCCACCUGCUGACAUGCUGUUUGGUAGAGAAAUAAAGGUCGUGUGUCUGGGGGAACAGAG